CAUAGCCUCACUUGUUUCAGCUCAUGUGAGUGUUCACGUGUGUGUUUUGAGGCGAAAAGGAAGGUAGCCGGCUAGGAAACUAACUCUCCAACUAUUUAAAAAUAGCAGCAGCAGCCAACGAAGGAGAAUGGCUAACGAGAAAGCACCUCUUCUUCUGGAGCAGGGAGCACCCCCUCUUGCUACUGGUUAUGGAGAACCACAAGCCCCUCCUCCGACUCAACCCCCACCUCCACAGGCCCCACCCCCUCAGCCGCAAGGGCCCCCACCACCACAGUAUUCUGGACAGCCGCAAGCCCCACCUCCACCGGGGGGCCAGUACGGGUCAUACCAGAAUGCUCCAGGCUACCAAAAUGCCCCUCUUCCCCAGCAGAACACCAACACUACAGUGGUCGUGCAGAACACCGCUGCUCCAAACCCAGUGCUUAGGGAGGGCCCAGCGAUUGUGACGUGCCCCAACUGCCGUGUCCAGAACAGGACCAACGUCUCCUACACUACUGGCCUCUUUGCUCUGAUUCUCAUGGGAGUGCUCUUCCUUUUCGGAUUCUGGCUGUGUUGCUGGAUCCCCCUGGUUGUUGACGGGUGUAAGGAUGUGACUCACACUUGUCCCAACUGCCACUACACUGUGGGCACAUACAAGAGACUCUGAGGGACAGAAAGAACUGAUACUAACACUUAAUGUGGAUGUGUAUAUUAUGCUAAAUAGUUAUACAGACAAUGCUCUUUAAUUAUGUGUUCGUGUUCUUUUAUAAUACUGUACCACUGUGUUGUGGGUUUGAUAAUAAAGUUAAGGGAUUUUCCCUUUUAAUGUCA